CCUCACCACCAACCAACCUCUACCAACCCUUAAUUUCCCCACCCACCAAUUAUAGUGUAGUAUUUUACAGCUCCCACAACUCCUUUCCCAUCCCUCUCCCAAUGGCGUCCCCUCUCGGUUGCUCCGCCGCAGAUCUCCGCCCUCUCCUGGGCGGCGCAGCCAAUGCUUCUGCUGCUGCGGAGUACAUUUGCGGCCGUUUUGAUGCCGUUUCUAAUAAGUUUGUUGACACUACUUAUGCGGUUGAUAACACUUACCUUCUUUUCUCUACGUACCUAGUUUUCGCCAUGCAACUUGGUUUUGCCAUGCUUUGUGCUGGUUCUGUACGAGCCAAAAACACCAUGAAUAUCAUGCUUACCAAUGUCCUUGAUGCUGCCACCGGUGGGCUUUUCUAUUAUAUUUUUGGUUUUGCCUUUGCCUUUGGAUCACCGUCAAAUGGUUUCGUUGGUGGGCAUUCUUUCGGCUUAAGUAAGUUCCCUUCACCAUCUUUCGAUUAUGGGUAUUUUUUGUAUCAAUGGGCUUUUGCUAUAGCAGCAGCAGGAAUUACCAGUGGAUCAAUAGCUGAGAGAACCCAGUUUGUUGCUUAUUUAUUAUAUUCAUCUUUUCUAACUGGCUUGGUGUAUCCUAUUGUUGCACAUUGGUUUUGGUCUGUUGACGGUUGGGCUAGUCCUGGUAGAUCGGAUAAUCUUUUGUUUGGUUCUGGUGUUAUUGAUUUUGCUGGCUCUGGUGUCGUUCAUUUAGUUGGUGCUAUUGCUGGAUUAUGGGGUGCAUUGAUUGAAGGCCCGCGCAUUGGUAGGUUUGAUUGUUCAGGCCGUGCUGUUGCUUUGAGAGGACAUAGUGGGACUUUGGUUGUGUUGGGUACUUUCCUGUUAUGGUUUGGUUGGUAUGGAUUCAAUCCUGGUUCAUUUAUCAAUAUCUUAAAGGUUUAUGAUGGUAGCGGUUCAUAUUAUGGACAAUGGAGUGCUAUUGGUAGGACUGCUGUGACUACUACCCUAGCAGGUUGCACAGCUGCAUUAACUACUCUUUUUGGUAAAAGAUUGCUGGUGGGUCAUUGGAAUGUUACUGAUGUUUGCAAUGGUUUGCUUGGUGGUUUUGCUGCCAUUACUGGUGGUUGCUCAGUUGUUGAUCCUUGGGCUGCUAUUAUUUGUGGAUUUGUUGCUGCUUGGGUACUCAUUGGAUGCAACAAAUUGGCUGAGAAACUCCAUUACGAUGAUCCUCUAGAGGCAGCGCAGCUUCAUGGGGGUUGUGGUGCUUGGGGAAUUAUAUUCACUGCAUUGUUCGCUAAGGAGGCAUAUGUUAAUGAGGUUUAUCCUGGUCAUCCAGGCAGACCAUAUGGAUUGUUCAUGGGAAGUGGUGCAAGAUUGUUGGGUGCACAUAUUGUACAGAUUUUCGUGAUAGUUGCUUGGGUUAGUGUGACUAUGGGGACACUGUUUUUCAUUCUGCAUAAACUGAAGCUAUUAAGGAUUAGAGAAGAGGAGGAAAUGGCAGGAAUGGACCUGACUAGCCAUGGUGGCCAAGCUUAUGAAUAUGCAGUAGGAGAAAAUGGUCAAAAGAUUGUUGUUUGAUAAGUAAGAUAGAUUUUAGCAUAGGGAGAUCCAUGUUUUAGUGCAUUGAGUUAUGGUGUUAUUGAUUUAUUAUUUAGUUACCAAUUGAGCGGGAGAGGCCCUUUUAUUUAGUAGCUGACUCACCUGAAUAAAAUCAUUGAGCUCCUUAGUGUAUGAAUGAGAUGAUAUGAGUUGAGCUAGAUAUGCACAUAUGGUUUUUAGACUUGCUGUUCUUCAUUUCUUGAUACAUUUAUAUAUAUAAAGCUUUCAGGUAGAUUUCUGAAUAAGAAAGUAACAUUCGCUUGGCCUUUUUCUUUUCCUUUUUUUUUUUUUUUUCUUUUAUAUUAGCAUUAGAAGGGAGUUCUAACACUGAGGAUGUUGGGUUGCACCAAUAAAAUACUCUGGGUUACUGAGCUUCAUCUGUUUUCUUGCUAUCGAAAAAGAUUUCUCACUAAGCAAUGUGAGAUGGAGGAUUUUGCAGAACUGAAAGCGUCUUUUGUGGUGUUGAUGGUGAAAACAUUAGGCUGUGUUUCUUGUACUCACAUCAGUAGACAUUUUCUUCUAUGGUUUGAAGGAUUCCAUGUUAGCAAGGUUAUCCAAUAACAGAACUACAGAAUAAAGAGAGUGGCUUAGCGAUGAAGUAAGCUUCAAGUGUAUUAUUGUACAAAUUUUAGCUUGAAAUCCAGUUCUUCAUGCUGACUUAAUUUAGUUUGGGACUGAAAUAACAGCUGGCAACUGCAAGAAGCUUAAUAAUACACCACUUCUGCGAAUAGCUCUUAAUGCUGUAUUUCGCCCGAGACCAGGACCUUUUAUCAUGACUUCUGUCUGUUGCAUAGUUUGAUCCACUACUAUUCGAAUAGCAUUUCCCGUUGCGGUUUGAACUGUAAAUGGCAUUCCUCUUCUUGUGCCCUUGAAUCCAUAAGUGCUGGCGAAGAACUAAGAAAUCACUCGACCCUGUAUAUCUAUAACUGUCACAAUAGUAUUGUUGAAACUUGCUUGAACAUGAAUAACUCCUUUGGUAUUUUA